AGAGUGACAGGAAAAAGCACCAUUCGCUGUGGGAAAUCGGGGAGCCGCGUAGUCCAGAAUCCGGGGCGGAGGACAGUGGCUUCUCUAGAAGGACGUGAAAACUCCCGGUAACCACAGGUGAUACGUUCGGUGGCCUGAGAAAGUCUGCAGUGAGCCGCGCAGUGGCGGGAACCGCAGUUCAACGGCCUUGGAACCUCCCAGGGUUUGUUGACAUUCAGUGCUGAGACUGGACUUUUGCAGGAAGAGUGGGAAAGCCUAGACCCUACUCACAGGGCAUUUUGCAGAGCUCUCCUGUUGGAGAACUGCAGCAGUCUGGAUCCUGAGGUUCCAGGUGCUUUCUGAAGAGUCUUUUUGUCCUGUGCAGUCUCACAUUGCUCAGCUGGACCUGCUCACCUGUGCAGCAGAACAAACCCCUGGCUGGAGAAGAGAGAGGAGGCAGCAGCAAGGGAUCCAGCUUUUUUUGACAUCUUCAUGUAAAAUGUCAAGAAGAGUUCCAGUCUUUGGUCCUAAGACAGAAACUCAGAGAAGAGCAACAGGGCAAAUGGCUGCUUCUCCAAUAAAUGCUCCACAGGGUCUGUUGACAUUCAGAAAUGUGGCUGUGGACUUCUCUCAGGAGGAAUGGGAUUGUCUAGAUUCUUCUCAAAGGGCUCUCUACAUGGAUGUAAUGCGGGAGAAUUAUAGCAAUCUAGUUUUUGUAGAGAACCAUUGUAUAUGUGGUAAAUAUGAGAAUGUCUUGGAUCAAGACUCAAAGCAUGCUGUUCAUCAGCAUAUGUAUAUUCAAGAGAAGUCUCACAAAUGGUAUGAUCCUGGCAAAAUGGUUCAUAAAUCCUCCCAAUGUAUAACUUCUGACACAAGUGAUACUACAGAAAGCUGCAAGAAUUAUGGAAAUGGUAGUCACGGGGAUACUUCUACUGAGUUAUCAAACCUAAAGAGACAUGAAAGUAGGAGCACCGUAGAAGAACAAUACAAAUAUAAAGAUUACAAGAAGUGUUUAAGUUUGUGUUCCACAAUUACUCAAUAUCAACGGAUCGAUACUAGAAAGAAAGAACACAAAAAUACAGAAUGUGAUGAAUUUUUUGACUCUAAACAUGAGCAUACAAUUGAACAAAUCCAUAGUGGAAAGAAAGCAUACCAGUGCAGGAAAUGUGGAAAGUGCUUCCGGACCUAUUUGAGACUCAGUAAACAUCAGAGAACUCAUCCUGGAGAGAAGCCCUAUAAAUUUAUAGAAUGUGAUAAGUCCUUUCUGAAUUUGUCACACCGCAAAGUACAUUACAAUAUCCAUCAUGGAGAAAAACCCUACAAAUGUACAGAAUGUGGCAAGUGCUUUUAUAAUUCAUCAGGUUUUAAAAGACGUUGCAGAAUCCACACUGAAGAGGAGACUUACAAAUGUAAAAAUUGUAGAAAAUCCUUUAUCUGUUGCUCUGGUCUUAGAAAACAUCAGAAAAUUCGUGGGAGAGAGAGGCCUUAUAAAUGUAAACAAUGUAGUAAGUCAUUCUAUACAUUGUCACACCUUGAAUACCAUUGCAGAACCCACAGUGGAGAGAAACUUUACAGAUGUAAUGAAUGUGGCAAAUCCCUUUCUACCUCCUCAGGUCUUAGAAAACAUCAGAGAAUUCAUACAGGAGAGAAAAUUUACAAAUGCAGUGAAUGUGGCAAAUCCUUUACCUUCCGCACAUCUCUUAGACUACAUCAAAGAAUUCAUACAGGAGAGAAACCUUACAAAUGCAAUGAAUGUGACAAAUGUUUUAUCCAGAAAGUCAACCUUAGAACACAUCAGAUAAUUCAUACAGGAGAGAAACCUUUCAAAUGUAGUGAAUGUGAGAAAUCCUUUACUGUUGGCUCUGGUCUUAGAAGACAUCAAACAGUUCAUACUGGAGAGAAACCUUAUAAAUGUAGCGAAUGUGGGAAAUCCUUCACAAUUGUCUCAGAUCUUAGAAAUCAUCAGAAAAUUCAUACUGGAGAGAAACCUCACAAAUGCAGUGAAUGUGGGAAAUCCUUUAUCUGGAAAGCUGAUCUUAGAACUCAUCAGAAAGUCCAUACAGGAGAGAAACCUUACAAAUGUGAAUGUGGAAAAUCCUUUACCACUGGCUCAGGUCUUAGAAGACAUCAGAGAAUUCAUACAGGAGAGAGACCUUACAAAUGCAGUGAAUGUGACAAAUAUUUUGUCCAGAAAACCAACCUUAGACGACAUCAGAGAAUUCAUACAGGAGAGAAACCUUACCAUUGUAAUGAAUGUGGGAAGUACUUUAACACUGACUCAUAUCUUAGAAUACAUCAGAAAAUUCAUACUGGAGAGAAACCUUACAAAUGUAGCGAAUGUGACAAAUACUUUAUCCAGAAAGCCAAACUUAGAAUACAUCAGAAAAUUCAUACAGGAGAGAAACCUUACAAUUGUAGUGAAUGUGACAAAUGCUUCAUCCAGAAAGGCAAUCUUAUAACUCAUCAAAGAAUUCAUACAGGAGAGAAACCUUACAAAUGUAGUAGAUGUGAGAAAUCCUUUGCCAUUGGCUCAGUUCUUAGAAAACAUGAGAAAAUUCAUACUAGAAGAAACCUUACCAGUGCAUUGAAUGUGACUAAUCCUUUAUCCAAGAAGCCAGGCUUAGAACUCAUCAAAGAAUUCAUACAAGAGAGAACCUUAUAAGUGCAGUGUAUAUAGCAAAGUUUUUUCCCACCUGUAAGAAAACAUCAGAAAAUUCAAACUGGAAUCCAAAGUUUCCAUAUUAAAUAAUUUGGCCUAUAAUUUAUUCAAGCUCUGUCCUUAUGGACCAAUGCAGGGUCCACAAAAGAGAAUCAGUAUGAACAUGAGAAACUUGUGGAAGCUUUUAAGUCAUGUUCAAAAUCUUAGAAAAAAAUCAAGACUUUAUAUUGAGGAAAAAUUCUGAAUGUGUCACAUUGUAGGAAACUUUUUUAAAAAACAUUUUACUUUUUCAACCACAAAUGCUUCAUACUGAAGACAAAAUGGGGAAGUCUGUAGAAUGUGCUGUUGUAUCUGGAGACUGAAGCAUUCCAUCCAGUAGGAAAGCUGAUUAAGACAGGAAAUAAACCAUUCACAAUUGCUUCAAGAAGUUUCUGAAACUGACAGGGUUCACUAUGCUUAAUUCCAUUGAAGAAACUUAUAUCAGUCUUGCUGCUUCGAAGAGGCUUUGAUGAGUUGAGCCAGUAAGAUACAGUGCCCUUUAACAUGUAGAUAUGCCUGUAGGUGUGUAGUAUGCUGUGGGUAUCCAGCUUUCAAAAGCUAUAUUUCAUGCUGCCUUGGAGUUUUGUGAUGGCAACUAUCUUUGAGUAAACUUUACUCGUGUAACCAACUCCAGUCCUGUAUUUAUAUAAGUAAAUAACCCAGUAAAAUCCAUUGGUUCAACAAGAUGGAUUUCAGUUGAAAGCACACUUGGUUCUGUGGUCAGUUCCCAUUUUGACUGAUUGGGUUCAUAUGAAUUUGUCUCUCCCCAGUCAGUUAAUACAACAUUUGCUGAAUGUAUUAAUUGUUCCUCCAAACUUGUAUGCCAGAAAAUUAAUGUUAGAGAGAAAGUAUUUGAGUCUACUAAAGAAGGAAAGCUUACUACUCAAGUAGUAAGCUUCAGGCUUACUACAUGGUUCCAUUGAAAGGGCUCAACACAGACAGAAUGUAGAUUAGGGAGGCUAAGAAAGAAGGCCAUUCUCCCCUGCAUUCAUGGAAGAGAGUGAGAGGUCUGCAGUGGAACACAUGAAAAUAUAUGUACAAACCUGUGUUAUUGACAGACAUCACCCAAACAGGGCGGUGUCUGUGCAUGACUCUGAAAUCAUGCUUAGACUCCAUGAUUCUGUCAAGCUCCAGUGACCCUCAGAGCACUGCUGCCCAUGGGUAAAUACUGAACACCAUUGUGCUAGCCUUGUGUCCUGUUGUACCUUAAAAAUACCACUCUACAAGUCUAAACAAAUGAAUCAAAUUCCUUUUCUUAAAUCCUUUACAUGAUGCUAAUAUUGUAGACAUAUCAGAAAAUUCAGCAUUAAAUAAAACUCAAGAAAAUACUUUAAUAAAAACAUAUUCAGCAGGCAGUGAUGGCAUAUACCUUUAAUCCAGCACUUGGGAGGCAGAGGCAGGCAGAUCUCCAUGAGUUCAAGGCCAGCCUUGUCUACAAAGCAAGUUCCAUGACAGCUAGGACUUUAAUACAAAGAAACCCUGUCUUGAAAAAUAAUAAAAAGACAUAUUAAGCUUAAUUUCAUGUAUGAAUCCAUCCAUAUAAAUAUUAAGAGUCUACAGAGCUUCAAAAAGAUACCUAUGAACAAGAGAAGGUGUACAUGCUCAUAUUCAGCUUAGAAAUUCCCAAGGGUAUGCUGGAAGAUCAUUUUGAAGUACUGAAAAAAUAUGGUGAAAUAUUUAGCCCAAUUCCAAAGUACUAUAUUAGAGUAUUGAUACUGAAAACAGUAAGACUCAAAAAUAUUAGACCUUAGAAAAGGCGGCAUGUUACAAUGCACAAAACAAUACCACUGCAUAAAUGUUUCAUGGGUUUUAGUACAAAAGGAUUGUUAUAUUCAACUAAUGGGGAAAUAUUGUUUAAGAACAUUUGGUGUUCUCAGUAUUGCUGUUUGUUGAAACAUGAGCUCAAAUGGUUAGUACUACCUUUAAUAAAUUCAGGCUCAGCCGGGCAGUGGUGGCGCACGCCUUUAAUCCCAGCACUCGGGAGGCAGAGGCAGGCGGAUCUCUGUGAGUUCGAGGCCAGCCUGGUCUACAAGAGCUAGGUCCAGGACAGGCUCUAAAAAAGCUGCAGAGAAACCCUGUCUUGAAAAACCAAAAAUAAAUAAAUAAAUAAAUAAAUAAAUUCAGGCUCUUGUUGGAAAAUGACAAUGUGAUAAUUUGUAUCAAUUGCUGGUGCUGGAGAAUUGUCUGUAUUCUGUCAAUCAUGUAUUUUAAUAAAACACUAAUUGGUCAGGCAGGAAGUAUAGGCGGGUCAACCAGACAAGAAGUAGAGGCAGGGCGAGGAGAACAGGAGAAUGCUGAAAAGGAGGAAGAAAUUCCCCUGACUACUGCCUAGACUCCGAAGAAGCAACAUGUGAUCUGCCCCGCUGUGAAAGGUACUGAGCCACAUGGCUAAUAUAGAUCAGAAUAAUGGGUUAAUAGUUACAAGAGCUAAUAAGUAGCCUGAGCUAAUGGGCCAAUCAGUUUAUAAUCUUAUGGAGUCCUCUGUAUGAUUUUCUUUGGGGCUUGCCGGCUGUGGGGUACAGAGCAGGACAUUAACCUCAACAAGCAAGACUGCCCUCAUUGCUACAUAUUGCUUCUGUAUAUGGGCUGAUUAAUUUGAAACUGGGAACAGUGGAAACUUAAGGCUUCUGGACUGGCCCUUCACAAUCUGGAGAAUGCAACCAACUGGGCAGUAUCCUAGGAUGCCAAUUUUUACUGUUCCAUGGAUUGAGGCUUCUCUGGUGACAUUAGAUGAUUAUCCUACCUAAUUUAUCACAGAUUUCCAGUGGUAAAUUGUAAACUUGGGCACAAUGAAAAUUUCUCCCUUUGUAUCCCUCAUACAACAUUUAUAAACACAGUUCUGGUGUAUGAUAGCAACAUGUAGGGAGACUGGCUAGAACAGGUCAGGGCAGCCCGAUAGCUGGAGCUGUGCCAAAGGUAGCCUGGAUAGAGUAGGACAAAUGGGUAUCAGUGUGGCUGAGAAAUCACCUGAUCAGAGGAAUGAUGGGGAAAUGAAGCAAAGGUUGUGUAGGCUUAGAAAGCUCAUCAGCAUUUGUGCAAGUGCAUGGUGAGAUCUACAUUACAGGAGCCAUGAUACCUCAGCCAUGAGAUUAUGGUCUGGAAAACCCAGCAUUCCCAAGGUACCUGUAGGAGCUACAUUGUUCAGAACCAAAUAGAAGACACAGAUGGAAUUUCCAUGUCUUAUAGGGACAGAGAAAACUCCCCUCAGCUGCAGGACAUACUGCUUGGCACCUGGGAUACUUAUCAACAAUGCAGUAGAGGAAACUGCUACACAGUGGCACUGCAAUGUUGGGAAACAUUCAUUGGGAAUCUAACCAGAAGCUUGACUUGUAUUUCUACCUCUGUGCAGGACACUGGCUCUCAAAUUCUGUUCUGUAUAUCUUCACAUGUCUGUAAAGUUUAGAUCAUAUGAACUGGUGUUUAUCAGGAUUCUUUUCAUUUAUCUUAUGGUUGCAAGCAUAGUCACAGAAGAAUAACCUGGUAGAGCAUUUGCAUUAUCUCUUGUUUACAAACAUGUUAUUGUGGUAAUUUAAAUUCACCCAUGAUUUUUAACUCCCAUAUUCUAGCACUUCCCUAUUCAAGACAGUGGAAUUUGCUCCUGGGCCUGAUAUUCAAAGAGCAGUUUUGAAUUAGCCCCAUGAGGAACCAGGAAAUAUAUGAUUAAAUAUGAAAAUAUACUUAUAAGCAAACACAAAGCAUACAGAAUAAAGAAAGAAUAUUAAGAUAUGCAAAGGAAAAAGACCAAGUAACAUAUAAAGGCAGGCAUAUCAGAAUUACACCUGACUUCUUAAUGAAAACUCCUAAAGCCAGAAGGUCCUGGGCAGAUGUGCUGCAGACAAGACACUGAGAGACCACCAAAGCAGCCCCCAGAUUACUAUACUCAGCAAAGCUUUUAAUCCAUAGAUGGAGAAAGCAAGAUAUCCCAUGACAAAACUAGAUUUAAACAAUAUCCAUUCACAAAUCCAGCCCUACAGAAAGUACUAGAAGGAA